AUGUGUGCAGACAUUAACGUCGACGUUCUCGUUAUCGGUGCUGGACCUACGGGUCUAGGUGCUGCGAAGCGCCUCCACCAGUUGAACGGUCCUUCAUGGCUGAUCAUUGACUCCAACGAGAAGGCUGGUGGUCUUGCCUCUACAGAUGUCACUCCCGAGGGCUUCCUCUACGACGUUGGUGGCCACGUCAUUUUCUCUCACUACAAGUACUUCGACGACUGCAUCGACGAGGCUCUCCCUAAGGAAGAUGACUGGUAUACUCACCAGCGUAUCUCCUAUGUCCGCUACAAGGGCCUAUGGGUUCCUUACCCUUUCCAGAACAACAUCUCCAUGCUGCCUAAGGAGGACCAGGUCGAAGCUCUCGACGGCUUGAUCGAUGCUGCCCUCGAGGUUCGUGUCUCAAACACGAAGCCUAAGGACUUCGACGAGUGGAUCAUGCGCAUGACUGGUUCCGGUAUUGCCAACAUGUUCAUGAGGCCCUACAACUACAAGGUCUGGGCUGUUCCCACCACCAAGAUGCAAUGCCAAUGGCUGGGUGAGCGUGUCGCUGCCCCUGACGUCAAGAACGUGGUGAAGAACGUCGUUCUGAACAAGGUUGCCGGAAACUGGGGUCCCAACGCCACCUUCCGCUUCCCUGCUCGUGAUGGCACUGGUGGUAUCUGGAUCGCUGUCGCGAACACUCUUCCUGACGAGAAGAAGCGCUUUGGUAAGAAGGGUGAGGUCACCAAGGUCGAUGCCAACAAGAAGGUCGUUACCCUCCAGGAUGGUACUACUAUCGGCUAUGAUAAGCUUGUCUCUACCAUGAACGUCGAUCAACUAGUCGAGACCAUGGGCAACCAGGAGCUGGUUACGCUGAGCAAGGGCCUAUUCUACUCUUCCACUCACGUCAUCGGUGUUGGUCUCCGAGGUGCGCGACCAGAACGUAUCGGCGAUAAGUGCUGGCUAUACUUCCCCGAGGACAACUGCCCCUUCUACCGCGCCACCAUCUUCUCCAACUACUCGCCUUACAACCAGCCUGAGGCUGAUGUCAAGCUCCCCACCAUCCAAAUUGCCGAUGGCAGCAAGCCUACAAGCACAGAGCCCAAGGAGGGACCCUACUGGUCUAUCAUGCUUGAGGUUUCGCAAUCGUCCCUGAAGCCUGUUGACGAGGCAAACCUGCUCAAGGACUGUAUCCAGGGACUGAUCAACACUGACAUGAUCAAGGCUGAAGACGAGAUUGUCUCCACCUACCACCGCAAGUUCGAUCACGGUUACCCCACACCCAGUCUCGAGCGUGAGGGUGUCCUGAAGCAACUUCUCCCCAAGCUUCAAGACCUAGACAUCUACUCCCGUGGUCGCUUCGGCAGCUGGCGAUACGAGGUUGGUAACCAGGACCACUCAUUUAUGUUGGGUGUUGAGGCCGCAGACCACAUCGUCAACGGUGCCGUUGAGCUUACUCUCAACUACCCUGACUUCGUCAACAGCCGUCAAAACACUGAGCGUCGCCUUGACCAAGGCCCUCUGGCUGCUAAGAAGAACGGCACUUCUCUACCCUCGCGCUCGAAGUAA